CAAAUAAAUAAAUAAAUGUCACCGCAUUCUUCAUCAGUCGCAAUUCAUUUCUAAACCUCCAACCCCAAUUCCCCCAAGACCCUCAUUCAUUCCUUUCUUCCAAUCGCCUCCCUCCGCCCUGGCCAUGGGGAAACCUCUCCUCAAUCUCAAUCUCGGCGGCAAAGGUUAUACCCUCACUCCCUCCUCCGUCUUCGACUUCUCCGUCGGCCUUGCUCGUGUCUCCAUCGACUCCUCCCUUUCUCGAGGCUCCUCCUCCAUGUCCAAGUCCCCCCGCCCCGCCGCGGCAGCAACCUUUGCAUUUUCUAUCCCUGAUUAUUAUUCCUCCGAGGAAAUCCGGGCUUCUUUACUCGUCCUUUUAAAUAAGCUGUUGCUCUCUUCCUCUUCUUCCGCUGCAGCUACUCAGCUCCUUCAAAUUCUUGACCAAGAUGCCCUAACUUCUUCUGAUUACACCCUCACCGGCGUUGCUUCUCACGAUCCGAGCCUACUGGAUUUCCCCACUGUGGCUGUGGAUGCCGUUUCUGCUCUUCUGGAUCACUGCUCUUCCGCUCUUUCCACCUUAUCUGAUGCCGUUGCGGCCCUUUCUUGUGAAGCCUUGCGGGCGGACAUAUCGCCAUUCAAUUUGAUCGACUCUGGGGAUGGUUCGUCUCCCAAGGACGCUGCUGCUGUUGCCGCCGAUUUUAAAGUCUUCUUUAAUGGGUCAAAGUUGGUUAAUUCCGGGAAAAAGGUGACGGAGCCAUCAGUAGCAAAAAUUCCUUCACUUCAUGGCAGUUUCAGGGAAAUUUCACGGUUGCUUCAUUCGAAAACUAGAGUUCAGUUGAAUUCUGGCUUUCGAGCUGGUUCCGCUGAGGAUAUUUCAACUGCAUUGUCGGCUUUGGCAUUGUCCCUGUCUAGUUUGGGUGAAGCUAGUUUUCACCGCGCCCAACUUGCUACCAAUUCAAUUUCCGAUGCUGUGUUGCGUUCUCGUCUCUCUGAAUUAUUUAUUGCUGAAUGUCCACGUGCUGAUUCUUUGGUGGGAAUGUACAUAUCUGCUCAAUCUGCCCUUAUAAACAAGGGUUACCUUUCCUUUUUGCACAUUGUUUAUGAAUUAUUUGAUGUGGUGUGGAAGAUUGUUUCGUGGGAGGCCGUUGCAGCAUUUAUUUCACUCGAAGGAAGUGAUAUUUUCAUUCAAAAAACUCAAGGAGACAAUGGGAACGUGAGUGAAUCUUCUGGGAAAGACAAUGUUAAGACUGAUAAAAAGAGUGAAAAGAAAAGGAAGGUGGUUUCAGGUAAAGGAACCGCUGCUCUUAUUCACUUCAUCAAGGCUAAGUUGCUGAGUGGGACAACAAAAACUGAAAUGGAAAAUUUUCUGCGGGAUUUCCUCACCUUGCUGAAUCUAAGAUUUUCUGGUUUUGAUGACCUCCUAGUGAAGGUGAAAGAGAUUGUUGAAAGCAAUGAAAGUAGAAGGCUUCCCAAGCUCCCAAAGGGUACUCGUGAUUUUGCAAAGGAGCAAAUGGCAAUUAGAGAGAAAGCUUUUGCAAUUAUAACUGAGGUUUUCAAAAGGCAUGAUGCCAUGGCUCUAGAUACCCCCGCCUUUGAAUUGAGAGAGACGCUCAUGGGAAAAUAUGGAGAAGAUUCAAAGUUGAUCUAUGACCUUGCUGACCAGGGUGGAGAGCUCUGUUCACUUCGUUAUGAUUUGACGGUUCCAUUUGCUCGAUAUGUUGCUAUGAAUGGUUUGACAUCAUUCAGGAGGUAUCAGAUAGCAAAAGUGUAUAGAAGGGAUAACCCAUCUAAAGGUCGAUUCCGAGAAUUCUAUCAAUGUGAUUUUGAUAUUGCUGGCCAAUUUGAAAAGAUGGGACCAGAUUUUGAGGCCAUAAAAAUUGUGACGGAGUUGCUCAAUGAACUUGAAAUUGGAGACUAUGAGGUGAAGGUAAAUCAUAGAAAGCUACUUGAUGGCAUGCUGGCUAUUUGUGGUGUGCCCCAAGAAAAAUUUCGAACUAUUUGCUCAAGUAUUGACAAGUUAGACAAGCAGACCUUUGACCAAGUUAAAAGGGAAAUGGUGGAUGAAAAGGGUUUAAUGGAGGACAUCGCAGAUAAAAUUGGAACUUUUGUUGGACUAAGGGGAUCUCCUCUUGAAUUACUGUCCAAAUUAAAUCAGAAAGGAAGCGAGUUCCUAGCCAAUGGUGAAGCCGAGCUUGCAUUGAAUGAAUUAGAGACUUUAUUCAAAGCUCUUGAGGAGUCAAAGUGUAUUAGUAAAGUAGUGUUUGACUUGAGUCUUGCAAGAGGUCUGGAUUACUAUACUGGAGUCAUAUUUGAAACUGUUUUUAAGGGGGAUGCACAGGUUGGCUCAAUUGCUGCGGGUGGGCGAUAUGACAAUCUCAUAGGAAUGUUUGGCACAAAGCAGGUUCCUGCAGUUGGAAUCAGCUUAGGAAUCGAAAGGGUUUUUGCCAUUAUGGAGCAAAUUCAAAAAGACAAAAAUCAGGACAUUCGAGCAACUGAGACUCAAGUCUUAGUGAGCAUCCUAGGUGAUGACUUGUCUUUAGGUGCCAAAGUGGUGAGUGAAUUGUGGGAGGCAAAGCUAAAAGCAACAUUUAUGAUCAAUAAAAGAGUGAUGAAGCACAUUGAUCGCGCAAUAGGGUCUCGAAUCCCCUUCAUGGUGAUUGUGGGGGAGCAUGAAUUGAGUAAGGGAAUUGUAAAACUGAAAGAUGUUGCUGCUGCAAAUGAGUUUGAAAUUCCUAGAAGCGAGCUGGUGUCCGAGCUUCAGAGGCGAUUGAAGAGUCAGUGAGCUGAGUCUAGGAGAGACAGACAGUAAUGGCUGGCUGGGGUGGGGUGGGGGAAGAAGCCCUCCCUAGCAUUUAUUGGCGAACAGAUUUUUGUUUCCUUGUAUUCAAAUCAUAAGAGUUAAAAGAGAGUGAGGGAGGGAGCGCACACAAAUAUGUAUGUAGUCUUGCCGUCAAGUACUAAUCAUUCUGUGGACGUUGUCAUGUUUUGGUGAGAAAUUAGUUGUAAGUUUUAAUGCUGAUGGCUGAGAUAUGCUGCUGCUGCUGCUGCUGCUGCUGACAAGGUAAGGUAAUUGGUGCUGCUGAUGCCAUGGUGAGAGCUGCUAAAUCUUAUUAUUAUCCAUGUCCCUAACCAUUAUUAUUUUUAUUAUUAUUAAUGGAUAGUAUCCAAAAUUUUAAAAUUGUGUUAGUAAACAAUCACUUAUAUCUCUAGGCAUGUUAUUAUUAAUGUUCUAAUACUAACUUACAAAAUUUGGAACAUAA